GAUAUGUAUUACGAAAUAGAUUUAAAUUCAUUAAAGGAUAAUGAUAAAAAUUGUUCUAGCAGAAAACAAAUUCAACGAGAAAAAUGUUUAUAUUCUUUAGAUAAUUUACAUUAUAUUUAUGCACGUUUAUGUAUUAUUGAUUUUGAUGGUGUAUUGAAUGCCAUGAAUAAACAACAAAUGAUUAUGUCACUUACAUCAAUUGAAUUAUGUUUUACUAUUCGACAUGCUAUUGAUAUAACAAUUAAAGAUUUAUUUGGUGAAUUUUCUGGUUUACCAAUAUUACAUUAUGAUUUAUUAUUUUGUCAUUCAGAUAUGAAUGAUAAUAAUGAUGUUAAUCAUCAUCAACAUCAGUUAACUAAUUCAACAAAUGCUCCUAGCCUAUCUUGGUCUAUUCUACUCGCUGUACCAUAUAAUAAUGUGGAGAAAAUAAUAGCAGCAUUAAGUUUCAUGACAAAUGAAUUAGGCGGUUUAGAAUUAAUUAAUAAAUUAUUUGAACCUAUGCAUUUAAAUAAUAAUUCAUUUAAAUUCUAUGUAGAUGUUAUAUCUGUAUCUGAUUCAUUAUUCAAGUUACCAUGUAUUCCUAUGUAUAAAUCGUAAAAAUUUUUUUAAUAUUAUGA